AUGAGUGCCGAGGAGGACGCCAAGUGGCUUCAGUGGGUGACACACCGGUUUGAGACCACUGCGGGAGAAGACAGGGAAAUCAACCUGCAAGAGCCCAAAAGAGCCCUGAACGUGAAAGAGUCCUUCUUUGCCAACAGAUUCUUCAUUCUGUUUGACUCGGAUGGAAGUGGCACCAUCACGCUUCAGAAGCUGCAGGAGGCGUGGACCCUGCUCAUCCACGGCAGUCCCACAGACAAACUCCAAUUCCUCUUCCAGGUGCAUGAUGUUGACGGUAAGGGCCCUUUGGAGCGGCUCCAUCAACGUGAUGAGCUGCGCAUCGUGCUGCUGUCGUGCCUGCGUGAGAGCGCCAUCUCGCUGCCCGAGGAGAAGCUGGACCAGCUGACUCUGGCGCUCUUCAAGUUGGCGGAAAAGGACUGCAGCGGCGCCAUCACCUUCGAUGAGCUUCGAGACGAGCUGCGGCGCUUCCCCGGGGUCAUGGAGAACCUGACCAUCAGUGCUGCCCACUGGCUGACUCCUCGCGCCGCCGGGCCGCCCUGACACCGUCCUCACCAGCUGAUCUCUGCCUACUGGCACAACCACCACAGCCACCUGCCCUGCCUGGCCGCCUACGUGGGCCUCCGUCGGCCCCUUGGCGCCAGUGUCAUGGUGCGCAAAGGCCGCGGCCAGUGCCUCAGCUUUGACUGCAGCUUUAUCGCGGUGCCGAUGCUUAGGCGCUGCCUCACGUGACUGUGGGCCACGUGGCUGGCUCAGGUCCUGCCGCUGCACCACAACCUCCAGUUCCACCAGCUUAUGGGCUACGUGGUGGUCGGUCUCUCCCUCGUCCACACCGUGGCCCACGUGGUGAACUUCGCACUCCGGGCUCAGUGCAAGGCCAGCCCCUUCCAGUUUUGGGAACUGCUGCUCACCACGAGGCCUGGCAUUGGCUAGGUCCACGGCUCGGCCUCCGUGACCGGUGUGGCCCUGCUGCUACUGCUGCUUCUCAUGUCCGCCUGCUCCAGCUCCUGUGUCCACAGGAGCGGCCACUUUGAGGUGCCCCAGCCCUUGCCCCUUUACACCAUCUGGCUACACACCCGGUCCCAGGGCCAGUGGAUCAACAGGCUGUAUGAGUCCUUCAAGAAAUCAGACCCAGUGGGCUAUGGUUCCGAGAGGCUCUCAAGGAGUUUGAAGAUGAGAAGGAGUCAGAGGAAGCCGCAGGGAAGUGACUGCAGGGAAGUGUCCUCUGAGAACCACCAGUUCUGUAACAUCAAGUGCUACAUCGAUGGCCCUUACAGGACCCCCAACCGCAGGAUCUUCGCCUCCGAGCAUGCUAUGCUCAUCGGGGCAGGCGUCGGCAUCACCCCCUUUGCUUCCAUCCUGCAGAGCAUCUUGUACAGGCACCGGAAGAGAACGCACAUCUGCCCCCACUGCCAGCACUCCGGGAGGGAGGGUGUGGUGCAGGAUGCUGACGUGAAGCUCCACAAGGUGGACUCCAUCUGGAUCAACCGAGACUAGCGGUCUUUCGAGUGGUUUUUGAGUCUGACCAGAGUGGAGAUGGACCAGGCCGAGGAGACUCAGGAGGGCCGUUUCCUGGAGCUGCGCAUGUAUAUGACCUCCGCGCUGGGCAAGAAUGACAUGAAGGCCAUUGGUUUGCAGAUGGCCCUCGAUCUCCAGGCCAAGAAGGAGAAGAAGGAUUCCAUCACGGGCCUCCAGACACGCAGCCAGCCUGGGUGGCCAGAUUGGAACGAGGUGUUCCAGAAGUUAGCCACUGAGAAGAAGGGCAAGGUGCAGGUCUUCUUCUGUGGCUUCCCAGCUCUGGCCAAGGUGCUCAAGGACCAUUGUAAGCAUUUCGGCUUCAAGUUUUUCCAAGGGAACUUCUAGCCCUGCCUCUCCAAGCUCUGCCCAAACCCGCACUGCCCGCCAGCCGGAUCGGAUUGCUACCAGGGCCCUGCAGAGACCAGCCUCAGACGACCCAGAAAAACCUGCUCACCGUGCAGAACAGGAGGCCCUAGGGGACCGAUGGACUUCCUUCAGAGCCCAGGGAGAAGGGCAGGGCCUUGUGCGGUGCUGCUGUGAGUUCUGGGAUUGCUGUGGGACUGGUCAGACUGGGGGCGAGGGAUGGAGGUGACAUGGUUGGGGAGUGCAGGGGGCCUUCUCAGGGCAACAGCUUCUCUAGAAGUCCUCUGAGGAUGCCUUCCCUCCUGCUACAGUGGUCCCAGACCUGCCUAAUCAUCAGGAUUGUUCAGGAACUUCCACACACUCAGCAUGUUAUUAUGAAAGUUUUCAAACAUACAGAAAGUUAAAACAAUUGUGCAGUGGACACUGUUACCCACUUUCUAGAUUCCUCGGUUAACAUUUUGCUGUAUUUGCUUUACUGCGAAUUUUCCAUCUAUCCCUCCCUCUAGCUGUCCACAAAUCUAUCCCAUUUAUCUGAUGCAUUUCAAAGCACACUUUGCUACUCCGAGGAGCUUUCUUUAAAUGUAGAUUCCUGGGUCCCACUCCCAGAAAUUCCGAUUCUGAAGAUCAGGGGGUGAGACGUGGAAUGUGUAUUUUAUCCCCAAUCCAUUCCCAUAGGGAGAGAGAAGCAGCUACUUUUCCCUUCUCCUUAUGUCAUUGUCUUCCCGUCUCCCUAUUUAUCUGUGUCCCUUUUCUCCCUAUUUAUCUCUGUCUGCCUUUCUCCCUGUGUCUCCCCACUGUGUGUGUCCCUCCCUUGCUCUGCAUGACAGUUUUCCCUUCUCUGCACACACUGAGUCAUUAGAGAAGCAGUAUGGAGACAGCGUCUCUGUGUGUGUCUCUCCAUGGUGGUCACAGAAAGGCCUUGUGCCCAGGAAUCUAGCAGGUUGUGACUUGACGCUCAGUUCAGCCAUGCCCCAGUGACGUGGCCCUGGCAACCUCUCUGAGCCUGUUUCUUCAUCUGGAGUAUGGGCCCGGUGCCCCGUCCUCCCUGAUCACGGUUGCUGAGGGUGAGAUGAUAUACCACCAUUCGUGCCCAGGACAUUCAUCCUCCGUCCCUGGGUGGCUCUUUAUUGCUCCAGGCAUCUGAGUCUCUGCAUCUUCUCUCUGCACCCUAGCUCCCUCUGGUCUGUGUUCCAGCCUCUGUCUGCAUCUGUCACUGUCCGGGUAGGAGUGGAUGGCAAGGACAGAAAAUACAAAAGCCCCCCUAGGAGACUCUUGGGGGAGGAGGGGUCCUAGGUGGCAGGCAGGUGCAGGAGGGCUAGCCUCACCUGUCGGAUCCGAGCUGGGCAUUUUCUCUCUGCCCCACACUGCAAGCCCCUGGUGACCCCACUGUUCCCGGGCAUCCUCUGCCUUGCAGCUGGUUUAGGCCUUGCAGCCUAAACUCUCCUCCCCAAAGCUGCCUUCAGUGGGUUGGAAUCAGGCACUUUUCAAUGGGAUUGUCGAUUGUACCUUUCUUUUCUGUGGGUAGGAAGUACUUGGCGUAGAACAGGUAAAGAAGCUGGUGACAACCAUGAUGGUGACACCCGUUAUAAAGGGCUGGGCAUCAAAGGGGGAGGGCGGCUGGAUGCAGCCAGUGAGGGGAGUGCAGAGGACGAGCAGAGAGGACCCUUGGAGUCAUCUUGCGGAUGACAAUGAAACAAAGUCGGUGGGAAUUUCUUUUCAAAAAGAAGCAGCAAGAAAAGGGGAUGGUGGAUGAGGACGUUGAUGUGCAUCUUGGGGCAGAGGGUGCAACGCAGAGUGAGGACUGAGACAGAGGAAAGACGGGACACAGGACAUCAUAUUCAAGAUGUGGGAGGAGCUGGAGGAAGAAUACAAGAGGAAGAGCGGGACCCAGCCGUCAGCUCUGUGGUGAAGGAGGCAACCACGUGCCGUAUGGAGGGCAGGAAGACGGGGGACUGGGCUCAAGGAGCCUCUCCUGGGGCUGGGAGCCAGCAUAUCUGGGAGGCCUCGUGUUGGGGCACUUGUGCAUGAUCGUCUUUAAUUUCCAACAAGCCUGGGAUAGGCACCCAACUCACGUGGAGAAACUCAGACCAAGAGAAGUUGUUACCAGCUUAACUGGCAACACUCUUGGAACCCAUUUCCUCCUGCUGAGUCUGUGUUUUCCCCUCGUAAUCAGACUUGGGAAGGCUUGGAAAAGCAAAAACAAAAACAAGAACAAGAACAAGAACAAAAAACAACUGUCGGGCUUCCCUGG